GAGCAGUGGUGGUCUGAGCACGUUUUCUGUGCCUUCUUUCCCACUUGCUGAGCUACAAGAAAUGGCGCAAAGCAUAAAGCGUGGACAGGAGCCUUGAGUUUCCGUACGGAUGGGAUUAAGUUCAGGAGAUGGAGAAGUGCAGAGGGGAACUCACUUCCUGCUCAGCUAGAUCACAGCUUGACUCCUGUCAGUGGCCGGGCAGGUGCUCUUGUCAUGCCUCGGGGAGAGCAGGAGUGUCUCGCAGCACAGGAGCCUCCUGAUGCAAAACGGCCCUUUGCUGCUGUGAGUCAGAGAGCAGCGAGCAGUGCAGGAGGUGCCCGCGGCUGACCGCUCUUUCCGAAGAGCCAGCAAGGAGGAGCAGCGCUGAUUAUUCCCCGCGACGGAGCCCGAGCUCGCCCGCGGUGUCCGUGCAACGUACUGCAGCGCGCCUCAGCCCUCCUUCCCCGCGCGGCGCUGCCUGGAGCACCUGCUGCUCUCGGCGCGUCACCAGGCGCUAGCUAUAAAGCGCAGGCGACAGAGCGUUUCGCUGCUCGUUCCUCUCCUGGAGGUGCAUCCUCGAGAAGGGCGAGGCAGACGCAGACAGAGAGAUGUUUUAUUCGGGUGUCCUGACAGAGCCGAGCAGGAAAGAAGUGGAGCUCCGGGAAGCCGCGUCCCUCCGGCAGCAGAGGAGGAUGAAGCAGGCGGUGCAGUUCAUUCACAAGGACUCCGCAGAUCUCCUCCCUCUGGACGGGCUCAAGAAACUGGGCACUUCAAAAGAUACUCAACCGCAUAAUAUCCUGCAGAGACGCCUAAUGGAAACAAAUUUGUCAAAAUUACGAAGCAGCCGAGGCACCUGGGCUCCCAAGAACGAUGUCCCCAAUAAGCUGAAUCAGACCAAACUGGGCAGCUCCAAGAGGACGGAGGAAGAGGAGCUCAUAGUGGUGAGCUGCCAGUGUGCUGGCAAGGAGCUGAAGGCCGUGGUGGACACCGGCUCGCAGUAUAACCUCAUCUCGUCCACCUGCCUCGACAGGCUGGGGUUGAAGGAGCGUCUCAAGGCCUUUGGUAACGAGGAGGAGAGGAUUUCGUUGCCGCACAGCGUGCGGGCGAUCGGCCAGAUCGACCGGCUGGUCCUGGCGGUGGGAGCCGUCCCCGUGGAGUGCACCGCCCUCGUUGUGGAAAACAGUGAGAAACCCUUCUCCUUUGGGCUGCAGACGCUGAAGGCUCUGAAGUGUAUCAUCAACAUGGAGAAGCACCAUCUCGUCCUGGGCCAAGCCGACAGGGAAGAAAUCCCUUUUGUGGAGGGUGACGCGGCUGUGGAGGAUGAGCACACUUUGGAGGCAUAAGGAGAAACUGAAAUGCCCCCACACGCCAGCUUGACAUCAAAGACCCUCUGUGCAGCUGUUCCAGAUGAAAUGGCAACAUGCUGCUUUGGAAACAUUUAUACUAGGCUUGAGUUUAGCUAAAUGAAAUCCUGUUCAGUAGCCAGUAACUUAGAGAUAUUGUCAUGUUUAUCUAUGGGUUUUGAGAAACAAACGUGUGCUUAUUUUCUGGACUUUUCUAUAUAGUGCCCUCUUUAUUAUGAACAGUCAGACAAACCUUACGAAUUUCUUCUGAUGAGAAAAAUACUUUUUAUAGUGGCCUCCUAUGAGUAAUUGUAUUCAGCUGUGAUCAGAGGCUAUCAGAAUGAGAUUUUUAUUAAUAAUUUUUCCAGAGGCUAAGAAUUUAUAUUUACUUAAUUGAUAAUGCCGUAUUCAAACAGCCAUUACCGGGCAGUUACUCAUAGCAACAUAACGAUGCUAAUGCCAUCCGCGGGUUAUGGCUCACCCUGUUAGCCAUGGUAUUGUUGCUAUAUAAUGAGGGCUGUGGCUGCCAGCUCGAUGAGGAGGAGCAAUUACAGCGUUAUUCAGGGGCGAGGUUUGUCCUCGGUGGCACAGAAGCAGCCCCGCAGCGGUGGCAGGAGGGCACGGCUGGGGGGGGGGUUGUCGCCAGCUGUGUGGGACAGGCAGGAAAAUUGCCCACUGGAUUGAGUCAAAAAGAUGGGAACAAGCACAAAAUUUUACAGGCUGGAAAGCAGCAGGUGCAGAGCUGUAGUGGUAUAUCGUGAAGCAAUGCCGUUAUUUUUACAUCUAGUUACAAGUCACUUGGGAUCUGUAAGUACAAGACUAACGUCGCUCACCCUCAGGACAAGCGGGAGUUUUUGCCGGGACCAGCAUUUCCUUCUGCAUUUCUGCCCUGCAGCAGCAGCUUACUGCUUCGCCCGCUGCUCCCUUGCAGACCAGAGCAAAUGUGCUGUGCUGCCUCGAGGAGCCUGGCCUGGUGUAAAGGCAGCUUUCUACAUUUUUAAAAGCUAAUGGGAAUUAAUUCCUGUCCACUGCUACAGAGGCACCUUUAAAAUUCAGAAGAACAUCCUUCUGGUGUACGGCACCUGCUGACGCGGGACAGCAAGUCCCCACGGUAGGUUUGCAAGGGCCCGUUCAGUGCGGCAUAGCCAGGAGCGCUAACCCUGCGGCUAUCACUUAGCAAAAGCACCCAGGUUCCUCCCAGUUUCAGCCAGUCUGGGCCCAGUAAUACUGUCAGCUGUGUUCAGCCAUCUCAUGCCUCCAAUGGCAUCACAGCUGGAGCUUUAUCUCCUGCAGUGGAUUUGAACCUUUUUUCAAUAUUGGGUAUUACUAGCAGAUCUGGAGCAUCCGUAUUUUGAGCUAUUUUCUAUUUUGGUGAUAUGUUUUAGUGCUUUCUCUACAUACAGUAUUUUAUAUAACAUAGCUAUAUACAUACAUAUAAAUAUAUAUAUACAUACAGGGUUGGGCUGCCUAGGGCAUCCCACCAGUGUGUUGUAGAAAUAUUUCACUAAAUAUGAAAUAUAUUUGAUUAUUUUAUAUGCUAUGGAUUUGGUAUUUUGGCACUUAAUUCUUUCUGUGCUUAUUAUUGUGCUGAGUAUCAAAUUAAAUCUAAAUAAAGUUUAAUUGUUAUGGCCGUUUAUUUGCU